AUGACCAAACCACCCUCCCCCCAUGCACCACGCACCACUUCAUCAUCGACCUACACCCCCUCCUCGCCGCUCGUCGGACAGACAGACAGACAGAUGAUAAGCCUCUAUUGCGCAGUGAAUAAUUCCAUCCUCACCAGCCAGUGGCAAGUAUUUUCCGAACCCAGCAUCCGAAGCCCUCUCUGCUCGCAGAUCAGGCGCCCCCGCACACCAACACAUGCAUCCGAUCCAGUUCCCUGGACAGCCAUGCAGGCGUGUCGUAGGGUCUGUGGUGGUGUUGUGGCAUCGAAGCCACCUCCGUGGUCGUCAGCGCGCAAGCGCGCUCUACUGAACGAGACCCGCACGCAGAUCCAGCCAGCCCGGCAACAUCCGUAUCCAUUCCCUCAUAACCAUCGCAUCGAACGUCCCCCUCCCGUCUAUACCCAGAGCCCAGAGAGGCAUCAAGCCUCCGGUCGGCAGGGGACAAAGGUCGGAGGCAGCGCACGAUACAGCGUGAAAUCAUGA